ACUUGACCCCAUAUUUGUGCACUCUCGACUUAGUUCGAUACUCUUCCGCCUAGUUUCCUAGGCCCCGGGUUCCUUAACCCAACAUUGGUGCUCUAGUUGAGAGUGUCGAACACAUCAAGCGUGCUCCAAGAAAUGGUUGCGUCAAGAAGAGUGACUAGGUCAUCUACCGCCAACGUCGGUGGUGGUCUCAGGAUGAUCGUCACGGCUCCGAUCGGCGCAGGACAUGACGAUUUGGACGUUAGCCUCAACGACGUCGCCAACCAGAACACCACUCUACGUCACCGCAUUCCCAGGCAGCAAACGAAGAAUGCUGGGGUCUCAAGCACCAACCCAGCGGGUGCCUACCCAAGGCGCUGGCGUUCUGACUCAACCUUCUCCCAGCGGGCUCAUGCAGGGAGGAGGCAUGGUGUUGCCCGGUGACUUCAACUCACCGCUUUUCCAGUUUGGGGAGACCUCCGGUGCGAGGGCCCUAGGCCUAGAUUCCAACGGUUUUUGGGCCAUGAUGAGUGCGAUGAUGUUCAAUCAGCCCAUGACCGGUUUCCACAUGCCGGUCACGAUGCAGCAGCCGACGUUCCAGCCUGAGGGACGUCGGGAAGUCCAGCAGAACGUGGUGGAAAGCGCAGAGCUUUUCUUCCAACAUCUAAAGAAUCUGAUGACGGACUCCCGCGUGAACACUUCGGCGGGAGGACCCGAGAAUAAGGAGUUGAGCCGCUCCCAGCAGCGGGAUAACGGCAAGGGCCCGGAGCGUAGGGCCAACAAGAAGCAAGCUAGCGAUCGAGACAAGGAUACGGAAAGUAAGCGCCAUGAACCCUUGAAGGAAGGACAGGGUGAGAGUGAGUCGCACGUGUCCGUGUUCAGCCGGAUGCGAGUGCCGGCCACGGGACGGUUGCAUGGACGGCAGAAUACCUUCCUGCAGGACGGAGCAGGGAAGAUCAGGAUGCCCUACGAAGAUCAGUGUGACCGACACAAAGAGAAUAGCUUCCAAAUGCCACCAAUACCGAGGUAUGACAGAACUGCCGACCCGCAGGAGCAUUUCAACCGAUACCAAACCCUCAUGAACGUGGUGACGUUCUCAGAGGAGGUCCUUUGCAGAUCGUUCCCCGCCACUCUCGACGGGUUGGCGUCUGAGUGGUUCAAUGAACUGCCUGAGGGGAAGAUCGAUUCUUGGGAAAAUUUGGUGUGGAGGUUCCUAGUGCACUUCGCCAGCAACAAGAAGAAGAAGAAGCUGCAUUUCUCGCAUCUCCUGUCAAUCAGACAGAGGCCAGACGAGCCGUUGAGGGAAUUCCUGGCGAGGUGGAAGCUGGAAACCACUAGAGUUUACGGAGCAGAUGAUAAAACCAGGUUAUCCACCUUUCAUCUGGUCUUACGAUCGGGUGACUUCUCCAAGCGUCUGGCUUUGGAGAAGCCGAGGGAGUAUGCCAUCGCACUAGCCAUGGCAGAGGACGAAGCCGAAGCGGAAGAGUUGGAGGCAAACAAGAAGAAAGAGGAGGCAGGAAGACUUGGGCCCAUUUUGACGGCGGCAAAGCCUACGCCGAGGAAGGUCACUAUCGAUGAGCGGCCGCAUUUGCCAGUCGGACACCGUUUUCGAAAGGGCAGAGAUCCGCGUGACCGACGGUCCUUCGGAAAAGACGUGUACGAAGAGGGGGCCGAGGACAGAAAACCUUAUCCCCCCAAGGGUCCCAAGCUGUUAUUUCCGGAUGAGCUUACACCUCUUACACACCCCGUCAGCGCCAUCCUAGAUUUCGCCGAGCAUCAAGGCUUGGUGGAAUAUGACCUUAGAUUUCCUCCGAUUUGCACCGUCGGUGAGGGUCCUUAUUGCAGGUUUCACAGAGCAGCUGGCCAUGACACAGACGCGUGUAAGGUCCUCAAGAGGGAGAUCGAGAACUUGAUCCAGGCCGGGUACCUAAGACAGUUCGUCAAGAAGAAGAACACCUGGCGCAAAGACGAUGGAAAGAAGAAUGUGGAUAACCGAGGGAAGAAACCGGCGGGAACCCAGCAGAAGAAGAGGAAGGAGAUAGGCCUUCCGAGUGAUGAAGAAGAAGAAACUAACCCUAGACAGAAGAGGGUUGAAGAGAGCCUAAUGAUCUACGGUGGUAACAUCAGAGGGGACAGUGCCGAGCAAAGGAAGAAAUGGGUGCACUCGGCCUACGUCGGGGACGUUUGGAGCGCACCUGGACCGUCAAAAGUCACGAAGACAGAGCCCCUCCUCUUCGGUCCCAAUGACCUGCCUGAGAUCCCAUCCCCGCACAGAGACGCCCUGGUCGUCAAGUGCGAGAUCAAUGAGGUGAUAAUUCACCGUUGCUACGUUGAUAACGGGAGCUCGGUCAACAUCAUGUAUGUGAAGACAUUUGAGGAGCUGGGGUUGAAGAAAGAGCUCCUGAAAAGAGUAAGGACCCCCUUGUCCGGAUUCACAGGAGACAUCAUUAAUUCAGAGGGCCUGAUCGAGGUGAUGGUCACCUUCGGUGAUGGGGAACACAAGAAGACCAUUCCGGUCGAGUUCAUGGUGGUGCGACUCCUUAGAUCCCACAAUCUGAUUCUGGGCCGGCCUGCACUGGAAGAUCUCGAUUCUGUAACGUCUGUGAAAUACCUAUGCAUGAAGUUCCCAACUGAUUCGGGAGUGGGAGUGUGCAGAGGAAACCAGAAGCUUGCCCGGCUCUGUUACCAAAAGCAGAUGAAGAAGAUGGAUGCCUAAUAUCUAUGGGUGGACAGCAUUGUUACGGCACUCUUAAAGGAAGAAGAAGGACGCCCUCAAGCCGAGCCGGCCGAGGAAACAGAAGAUGUGGUGAUAAUGGAGGAUCAGCAGGAGAAGAAGAUCAAGCUCGGUGGUGAAGAAUUUUGGUUUAACUCAAAAUUCCCGUAGUAGUAAAGGGAACAGACUAGA